AUGGAUACCAAAACUCGGGCCAAAAUAAUGAGACAUAUUGUUGAUCUUAAGAGACGGUUCAUGAGCCCCCACUUCCCAGCAAGCGGAAGUCUUUAUCACCGCCGUGAUCUUGACAGCUCACAACACGUUAUCCCAGUCUUAGACGACAUUGUCGUUGGCCCAACUGCACAACAUGAAUGGUGGUACCAGGAACGGGCCUCGCUGGAGGUUUACCACGGUCUAUCACCCGCCAAACGCGAGUUAGAAUUCUGCGAACGAUUUGGCAAACCACGCCUACACGUCGAAAGAUACCUGCGAGAAAUACACCAGUUCCAAACCUCUCACCUAUUCAGUACCAACAUCUCCUUACCAAUUAUUUGA